CCGUUGGCGUCUCUGUCACUUACCCAACCUACGGUGCGGCAAACAGUUCUCUGUUAACAACUACGGAUGCGAUUCCUACAUCAUUCCCAUUGACUACCAAUAUCCCGUCCUUGGCCCGACUGAACAGUACUCAUCCACCCUGUGGUGCAAAACCCAGCGCCCUUUCAACGGUUACAGAUGUGGUUCCAACUUCAAUGCCAAUAUCCGUCAAUGCCUCUUCCGCUGUCAGUUCGAUAACCUCCAGCUUCCAUGCUCUUACAUGGUCAUUCCUAUCAUUCAACACAUCUUCGAAUAUAGGAGUCGCGACUGGCAACGGUAGCACUAUCUCAACUCCAUAUUGUAAGUAUGAAGUUCGACGAAUAUAAGAAUGUACCCAUUUUGACGCUUCGCAGCAGCCAUACCCUCAAAGACUUACCCAACAGUGCUCACCACCAUGAACGGUACCACGGUGACUGAGACCAAGACUGUCUAUAGCAAACCCAGCGACUCCUCGGUGAUGCUUUCAUUUACAUCGAGCUCUUCUCAUGUCACUACGAUUAAACAGACGUCUACGUAUGCCAUCCAUGUGAGUAAGACCAUCGCGUCCGCGCCCUCCCAUGCCCUGGCUUCGGCCUUGCCCACGCCUGUUCUGUCUUCGAAGUCGUCGGAGAUAGCUAUUCCCCAGGGUGUUUCAUCGACUCCAUCCGUAGUUGCGGCCCCUUCCCAGCCAUCGCUCGAUUCGUGCCCUAUUAUUUGCAAGCCCACUGUUUGUACCGAUAAUGUGGUGCUGCGAGGCACGCCGACUCUUCUGGUCUACCUGUGUUCCGGGACCAAGGCGCCGCACGGCGAGUCAACACCGGCUAGUGUCGCGAUGGCAAGCAGCUCCUCGACUGUAGGCAGGUCGACAAUGUGGUUUAGCUCUACGCCGAUAGGUAGCUCGGAGAUUGGAUCUAGUUCCACGUUAGGAAUCAGCUCUGCAAUGCCAAGCAGCUCAAAGGUCCACUCAACCGUAUUUGUUACUGUUACGGAAAUCACGACUGUCACUCCCGUCUCGACGACCAUCGCGACCCCGACGUCUAUGGAACUCACGACAACCAUCACUCACCACCUCACAAGCACGCUGUUUAAGACACACACUAUCUUCCCCCAUCCAACUUCAAUUCCAUCGGGAGUCUUCUGGACUGGCUUCCCUAGCGGUUAUUUUCCCACGCACCCUGCCGGACUCUCUGGUACUUACUCUGUCAAUUCUGCUAGGAUCGCUGCACGCAAUGUUCUCACCGUCACCGUGACGGCUCCGCCGUCGACCGUUUUUGAGAACAUCACAGCGACGCCUACUCAUCCCGUAUCGGUUAGUACCGACAACGUUAUGGGUCCGAGCGUCACUGUGACGCAGAAUAUGAAGAAGGGGGAUGCCGCGGAGAUUGCCGAAGUCUCUGUCAUAGCCUUCUGCAUGGUGAUUCUGGCUGCUGUGCUUCUUCUCUGACUCCUUCACAUUUCUUUCCGUUCCAAAAGAUGAUGCCUGGUCAUGUACGGUAGCUUCUCAGCUCUGGAUAGGGAGGCGCAUCAUGGUGAUUCCUAGGUGGGCGGUUUCAAAAGGGUUCUUUCUUCUUAACUGCAUGAGGAACGAAUGGUCUGAGUUCUCUGGUUCGUUCGUUGUUUUUCUUCCAUAGCUUCCUUAAUCAGGAAUGAAUGGUCCCUUCGUCAGUCCAUGGCAAGGAUGAGUGUACAAACUUCAAAACAAC